UAUUUUAUCGCAGCAUCAGCGUAUUAUUGAAUUAACAAGUAUCUUCACCAAUAGUGACUUUUCUAUCGUUUAAUAGAAUGAACGUUAGGUCGUUCUCUCAGCGCACAAAACCGUUAGCACCAAAGAUAUGGACACGCGACGAAAUUCUGAAAUUUUUGGACAUCUUUGAAUCUACAUUUCACGUUUCUGUAUCCGACCCAUUCGAUUCCGAAUCAGAAAUGUGGGAGUGUAUCUCACAAAAAUUACAGUCAGAAGGUUGCAAAGUUUCACCUCAGCACUGCCAGAGUAAAUGGAACCUUUUGUACAAGACCUUCACACAAGCUCCUAAUCGGCAGAGUGUGUUUUACGCCAAAAUUAAACAGAUUAUUGAGUUUUCCCAGCAAAUUAGUGACGACCAAAAUCAGCAGUUUGUUCCGAACGAAACGCGCACUGAGAAGGUUGACAUAAAGCAUGAGGAUUUAUAUUCCAUUGAAAGGUUGAGUGAAACUAACGACCAUUGUACUGAAAGUGCUGAAAAGAUAGACAAGCAAUUAGAAUCGGAAGAAUCAGCCAGCCCCUGCAUUGAGAUUACAGGAGAAGAACGCGCACCAGCAGCAUCAACCGAAACCAUUAGUAGCACAGGUAGCAAAGAAGUGAAGCAAUACGAGUGCUCGAUUAGGUUGAGUGAGGAUUUAGAAAAUGUUUUAAGUAAUAUUUUGAACAAGUUAGAUGCUAUUCAUAACGAACAAACAGAUUUUAAGGAGCGUUUAAUUACCAUAGAGAAACGGCAGUCUGAAAACAUGAAAUUAUUACUCGAAAUAAAGAAAAAUAUGAAUAUGCCUAACGAAGCGCAAUAG